AUGGACUGGUUCUCGUGGCUAUCCAAAACCGACCUUGACCCGACCCUAAGCUACGAGUACGGGCUCCUCUUCGCCCAGAAGAAGCUCCGGAGUGAAGACAUCGCUCAUUUCAACCACAACUUUCUCCGGAGACUUGGCAUUACUGUGGCCAAACACCGCCUAGAGAUUCUCAAGCUCUCAAAGAAAGAAACACAGGCACUUGGCUGCUAUCACCAACGUCCCGCCUCUACAAAACUCAUCUCUGUCGUCAUCAGGGCAACCAAAAGUAUGGGCAAUCGCUUAAACAAGUGGCUUUUCCUCGGAGGAACCGCCGUAGUUGAACCAUUGAAGGAGAAGCAGUCGCCGCCACAAGUCUUUCGUGGCGGAGCGUUUCUAACUGGAGGUAAUAAAGUCAAUGCAGAAAAGGCUGAGCUACAAGUGGAAAGAUUACCUGUGAUCAAUAGGAAGAGGAUCGCGAAAUCUGGACCGUUGGAUCUAAAACACAGAAUGCAAGAGACAACGACGUUUGCAGGCAACCGAGGCAUGAACCUAUCUGGGCCGUUGGAUCGCAGCGUCCAAGAAAGACUUGUAUUAGCUUAUCGAAGCCCUGUUGUGUCAGGACAGUUAGAUGGAAAUUUGAAGGAACGGCUGAGAUUAUCAGGACCGUUGAAGGGACGACCAGCGAGCCCAAGUGUGUAUGUUGAGUACAAUAAAAGAGACGAUGACACACUAUGGGCUGCUAUGUUUCACAACUUGAAGCCAACAUAA